GCGGGGUCAACGUGAUUUUCCACGUCCUCAUGAAGUUGUUGUGCACCACCUGUGCGAGCUACGUGUCUGAGGUAUUCAAUGCCGAGGGCCUUGCAUGGGUUCAGAAGCCGGGCCCACAUCCGAUCCUCGUGCCGAAUCACGUCUCCCUAGUGGAG